AUGCAUAAGGUGCAGUUUGCAACUGUGCAAGAACCUUUUCUAGAUGAGUCUCAUCUUGAAAAAUAUAUUAAAAAAAAAAGUGGUUUCACUAAUUCUAUGGUUAACAGGAAUAGUAAAAUUUGGUGCUUCUGGGAUGAGUCUCUGGAUUGUACAGUGAACUCCAACAACAACCAACAACUAACCCUGAAAAUCAAGUACUUGACUACUAGCAUUACCUUUUGGUAUACCAUCGUUUAUGCCAAGACUACUACCAAAAAGAGGAAGAAGUUGUGGUGCAAGCUAAGGCAAAAUAUGCAUAAGAUUGAUGGUCCCUGGGUUGUUUUAGGGGACUUUAAUGCUAUUCUCUCUCCUAAUGAGAAAAAGGGUGGAAGGCCUCAUAAAAUCAGUCAGAGCAUGGACUUCAUAACCUGCAUGGAUGAUUGUGGUCUUUUUGAUGCUAGAUACAGUGGUAACACCUUCACUUGGUCAAAUGGCAGGAAAAAAGGAAACAGAAUCUGCAAGAGACUUGAUAGGAUACUUUACAAUGAGGAAUGGAGCAAUAAUACGGGUGAUACUCUGACUUUGCAGCCAAGUUUUUUACAGGUGGUGCAGAAUUCUUGGGAGGAGGCAGUUCAAGGAAACUGUAUGUGGAUCCUACAGGAAAAACUAAAGCGACUAGCUAGCACUUUGAGUCAAUGGUCCAAAAAUACUAUAAGAGAUGUUUUCCAGCAUGUUAAGAACUAUGAAGAGAUUAUCCUGGAUAGGGAACAGAAAAUGGAUAAUGAUGACUCAGAAGAAAAUAGGCAGGAACUUAACAGAAUGAAUGCUGAAUAUAUCAAAUGGGCUGGUUUACAAGAUAAUCUCUUACAACAGAAGGCAAAUAUUCAAUGGAAUGAGGAGGGUGACUCUUGCACUAAGUAUUUCUUCAGUUGUAUCAAACACAAAAGAAGAAAAGCUACUCUUCAUAGAAUCAAAAACUCCACAGGAAACUGGAUUGAGGGCAAUGAAGCAAUUGGAAAUGCAGCAAUACAGCACUUUGAGGAACUGUUUACUGAUUCAAACUAUAUUCCUAACUUUGGAGUGUUAAAUCACAUUGAGAAGCUCAACUCUGAGGAGGAAAAUACAAAGCUGAGUGCUUUCCCUGAAAAAUAA